AUGGCCAAGUUUUGCCAACCUCUCGACGCCCUCCUUUCCUUAUGCUUUGUUGCUUCUUUCAUUUACUCCUCGCAUGCAGGAAGUCUUAGCUUUGAAUUCCCUCCUUUCAUAGAUAUAAAAACUGAACAUGAUGCCCAGUACCAAACCGACAGUGAUGGAGACAAGAUGCAGCUCACCAAAAAUGAAGCAUCAGGGCGGCUAAACAACAGCUUCGGCUGGGCGGUUUAUGAGAAGCCUAUUCCACUAUGGGACAGAUCGUCUCGGGUUCUGGCAAAUUUUUCUACCCAUUUCCAAUUCAUUAUGGGCAUUAACAAUUAUGAUCAAGACAGUCCUGGAGAAGGGCUUGCGUUCUUCUUGGCGCCUUUCGAAUUGGAGCAACCCAACAACUCUUUUGGCGGAUAUCUUGGCUUGUUUAACGACACAACUUUUACUAGAUCGUUCUAUCAGAUGGUUGCUGUGGAAUUUGACACAACCAGGAAUAAAUGGGAUCCCGAUGACAAUCAUGUAGGGAUCGACGUCAAUAGCAUUGUUUCAAUAUCUACUGUUCUGCUCACUAACUUCACUCCAAACGCUGCCAGUUGCAGGGAAAAUGUAUGUAACGGAGAUCAAUGGGAUGCCUGGGUGGACUAUGACGGUGGUAAAAAGAUGCUGCAAGUAUAUCUCUGGUACAAUUCUUCUAAACCCGAAAACGCAGUGAUUUCCAAUUAUAUAGAUCUGCGCGACUUUCUUCCUGAAAACAUCAGUGUUGGCCUCUCGGCUUCUACUGGAAAUUUAAGUGGGACACACACUAUAAACCUUUGGAAUUUUUCUUGUGAAUAUUCCUCAGAAAUACCCGCUGUUGCUCCCUCGUCGGAAAUCCCAGCUGUUCCUCCUUCCUCGGAAAUCCCAUCCUUUGGUCCUCCAAACAAAGGUUCGAGUGGAAUUAGAAAUGACAAGGAAAACGAGAAUUCCGUCAAAGCUACUUUGAUAUGGGUGUCCUGCAUCGUGGUGGGUGCAUGCGGUUUCGUAUUCCUUGGCUGGCAUUGGAAUUUUAGCAAAAAUAAACUCGCUGGUCAGGCGAGGGAAGAAAGCGAUGUGGAGCUGGAUGAAUGGUUUUCUCAUGGCCCCCGAAGAUUCUCCUACGCCGAGCUCAGUGCUGCUACCAGAAACUUCUGCGAUGACGAAAAGCUUGGGCAAGGUGGCUUCGGUGGCGUCUACAGAGGCAUCCUUCCCGGCACGGCGGAGGCAGUGGCUGUGAAGAGAAUUGCACAAGGCUCCAAACAAGGAAGAAAGGAGUAUGUUUCUGAGGUUACCACAAUCAGUAGGCUCCGACAUCGUAACCUUGUGCAGCUUUUAGGAUGGUGUCAUGAAAAAGGUGAGUUACUUCUUGUCUACGAAUACUUGCCAAACGGGAGUCUCGAUAAACAUAUUUUUGGGAAGGACAAGGAUACUCUGGAGUGGGACCUAAGAUAUAGUAUCGCCAGUGACAUAGCAUCUGCUCUCGUUUACCUCCACGAAGAAUGGGACCAGCGUGUUGUUCACCGAGACGUCAAGGCAAGCAACGUAAUGCUGGAUUCCAAUUUCAAUGGCAAGCUGGGGGAUUUUGGCUUGGCAAGACUGAUGGAGCGUGAUCAGGUAGCUUCUCAUACGACUGUGGUGGCAGGCACACGGGGAUAUUUAGCUCCAGAGUGCUACAUAACGGGGAAGACCAGUCCAGAGGCUGACGUGUACAGCUUCGGGGCAGUUACUCUGGAAAUUGCCUGCGGAAGGCGGCCGGUUGACCGCACCCUUGAAGAACACAAUUCCAGACUGGUUGAAUGGGUUUGGGAUUUGUAUGGAAAGGGAAAGGUCCUGGAUGCAGCGGAUGAGAAAUUGGGUGGAAAUUUCAAUGCCGAGGACAUGGAGCGGCUGAUGGUUGUGGGGCUCCUGUGUUCCAAUCUAGAUCCCACAUCAAGACCCAAAAUGAAAGAGGUGAUAAAGAUAUUGAAAAGGGAAGCUGAGUUGCCGCACGUUCCUCUGGAUUUGCCAGUAGCUGUGUAUAGUCAGCGAAUUCAGCGUGAUAUGAGCUCAGGCUUGUCGACCUCAGCAGUCAUUACUUCUCCGGGUGUUUUUGAACCUACUUUAUCGUCAAGCUCCCCGGCUGUCAAGGCAUCGGUUUCAUCGUCUUCUACGAUUGCAAAUAGCUUGGUAUAA